GUUUAGGUAGCCUACUGAGACAGAAAUUGUACACUUGAAAAAGCAGGAUGGGAAAACAAGCCCAAACUACAACCAUUUUAAAGGACAGCUCUACUGUGCACACCAAGCCGGCAGUGGAAAGGUCAGUUGAACGACCACUUCGAUGUCCAUUUGCUGUUGCCUUGCGAAACUACAAGGAUGGUUCGACCCACCAGGAUACGCUGCAUCACAAAGCAGUUAAGAAUACACCCUGCAAUUCAAAAACUUGUGAAGGCUCCAUCAUGAAUCCUAAAACUCUGAUACGUGGACAACCCAAAGUCAAAUCUUCCUCAGAUGACAUCCUCACCCAGGCAGUGGAUUUUGUUGACCAGUACUACAAUUCACUCAAAAUCCCCAAUCCAACGGAGCACAAGGCUCGGAUUGACAGGGUCACACUGGAGAUCACCCUGACUGGUUCCUACACACUCACUACAGAUGAGCUCACUUUUGGGGCCAAACAGGCUUGGAGAAACGCGCCGAGGUGCAUUGGCAGGAUCCAAUGGGCCAAUUUACAGCUUUUCGACGAGCGUCAGUGCAAGACCGCAAAGGACAUGUUUCAUGCCUUGUGUACUCAUAUUAAGUAUGCCACCAAUGGAGGGAACAUGAGGUCUGCCAUCACUGUGUUUCCUCAAAGAACAGACGGAGAUCAUGAUUUCCGUGUGUGGAAUGGUCAGCUUAUAAAGUACGCUGGCUAUCAGAUGGAGGAUGGCAGUGUAAUUGGGGACCCAGCGAGUGUGGAGUUUACACAGAUGUGUAUUCAGCUGGGAUGGAAACCAAAGUAUGGUCGCUUUGAUGUGCUUCCACUGGUCCUGCAGGCGAAUGGAGAAGACCCUGAAGUUUUCGAUGUUCCUCCAGAACUGAUCCUGGAGGUCCCAAUAGAGCACCCAGAGUAUGAAUGGUUCAAAGAUCUAAACCUCAAGUGGUAUGCAAUUCCUGCAGUGGCCAACAUGCUUUUGGAAAUCGGUGGUCUGGAAUUCACAGCAUGUCCUUUCAAUGGCUGGUACAUGGGUACAGAGAUUGGAGUGAGGGACUUCUGUGACGUCCAGCGCUACAAUGUUUUGGAGCGCGUUGGCCAGCUAAUGGGUUUAGAGACACGCAAGCUGUCUUCACUGUGGAAAGACCAGGCACUCGUGGCUAUCAAUGUUGCAGUGAUUCAUAGCUACCAGAAACACAAAGUCACCAUCACAGACCACCAUUCAGCAAGUGAGUCCUUCAUGCAGCACUUGGAGACAGAAGUCCGUCUGCGUGGAGGCUGUCCAGCUGAUUGGGUGUGGUUGGUCCCUCCCAUGUCUGGCUCCCUCACCUCUGUGUACCAUCAGGAGAUGCUCAACUACAUCCUUUCUCCCUUUUUCUAUUACCAGGCUGAUGCAUGGCUAACACACAAGUGGAAAGAUGAGAAGAAAGGACUUUGGAGGCGCAAGGUCAGCUUCCGGGGACUCAUGAGAGCGGUGUUUUUUUCUCAAAUACUCAUUAAAGCAGUCAUGGCCAAGAGGGUGCGCUGCACUGUUCUCUAUGCCACAGAAACAGGAAAAUCACUGACAUUUGCCAAAAAACUCAACAACAUGCUCAACCGUGCCUUUGAAUCCAGGCUGGUAUGCAUGGAGGACUAUGAUUUCACUGAGCUUGAGACAGAGAGCCUUCUGAUGGUGGUCACCAGUACCUUCGGCAAUGGAGAAAGCCCAGGAAAUGGAGUGACCUUCAGGAAGCAGCUUUUCAGCUUGCAAAGCCUGAAAAACACUUUUAGGUACGGUGUGUUUGGCCUUGGCUCACGUGUGUACCCACAAUUCUGUGCCUUUGCCCAUGCUGUGGAUGACAAGCUAGCUGAGCUGGGGGCCAAACGUCUGACUGCCACAGGGGAGGGAGAUGAACUUAAUGGGCAGGACGAGGCUUUCUCUGCCUGGGCAUGCACUGCUUUUAAGGAUGCGUGUGAGGCGUUUUCCAUUAAAACACAGCUAAAAGCUGUUGAGCAACAGUUGGACGACUGGGACCCACAGAGAUACAGAGUGCAGCAUGACAGUUGCACCCUGGAGCGAGUUACAGCACUGUCUGCUCUCCACUCUAAAACUGUGUUUCCUAUGACGCUGAAAAGAAGGCAGAAACUGCAAAGCGCUCAGUCAAGUCGUUCUACCAUCUUGGUUGAGUUGAAGACAGAUGGAAACACAGAUGCCUUGAACUUUGCUCCUGGAGAUCAUGUGGGGAUUUUUCCAGAAAAUUCUCCAGAGCUGGUGGACAGUAUUUUGAAGCAUCUUCCAGAUGCCCCUCCUCUUAACCAGAGCUUUCACCUGGAGUCCCUUUCAGAGUCUAGCCAAGAGGAAAAGAAAUGGCAGGCAGAUGAACGUAUCCCUGCUUGCACGCUGACCCAGGCUCUUACAUACUUCAUUGAUGUCACAACUCCACCUUCGCAAAGCCUGCUGCGCAAACUCUCUAAGGUGGCGGGUCAAGAAGAGGAUCGCAAACGACUCGAAGCACUUGCAUCGGAUUUCCAGGAAUACUCUACAUGGAAAGAUUUCUACAGACCCACCUUCUUGGAGGUGCUCGAAGAAUUUAAAUCUCUGAAGGUCCCUGCCGCCUUCCUUCUCAGCCAGCUUCCUCUGAUGAAGCCCCGUCUGUACUCGGUCAGCUCCUCAUUGGACCGUCAUCCGAAUGAACUACACCUCACUCUAUCUGUGGUGGAGUACCACACCCAGGAUGGAAAGGGCCCAAUGCAUUUUGGAACCUGCAGCACAUGGCUUAACACCAUCAAAAGAGGACAUACAAUUCCCUGCUUUGUUCACCGCUCGGGUGGAUUCCAUCUCCCAGAAGACCCCAGCACUCCAGUUAUUCUGAUAGGAGCUGGCAGUGGUAUUGCUCCCUUCCGCAGCUUCUGGCAACAGCGUGUCCAUGACGUGAAAAUGACAGGUCUGCAAAUUAGUCCUAUGACACUGCUAUUUGGGUGUCGUGAUUCACAAACAGACCAUCUGUAUAAAGUAGAAACACUGAAGUUGAGACUUGAUGGCAUUCUGGGAAAUGUCCAUACAGCUUACUCUCGCCAGCCUGGCAAACAAAAGAUGUACGUGCAGGAUGUCUUGAGGGAGCAUCUGUCUGAAAAAGCCAUAGAGAUUCUACACAAGAACGCAGGUCAUCUGUACAUCUGCGGUGGCAUGAACAUGGCCCGAGAUGUCACGUCCGCUUUGCAAGACAUCCUGGCAAGUAAAAUAGGCAUGACCAUCACAGAAGCAGGAGAAUAUUUGGAGAGAUUGAAGUCCGAGAAAAGAUACCAUGAAGACAUUUUUGGAGCCUAAUGGCCUGAUCUACCACAUCAUGUAAAGAAAAAUCAAUUUCACAAGAAGUUACAUUUAACUAUUUGUGAUUCAAAUGUGUUUUUUACUAUUUUUAUUCUUGAGCCAUUUUAAACUUAUGUAUAUAUUUUCUUUAUAUCAGUAUUGAUCUGAUUUUAAAUGCUCUAUUUUAAGAGGAAAAUGUAUGGCUUUAGUUUAUUGAGCGCACUUCUUUUGUUUAUAUUUCAUUUCUGAAAGAUGCUUCUGACAUUUUCUAAUGUCUUCUAUGUAGUAUAUGACUUGAGAUAUGCAAACGUAAUUGUUCUAUGCAAUAAGUAACCAGCAUUUGAUAACUAUAUUUUAUUAAUGAUCAUUCUUACAUCAUUUUUAGUGAAAUUUGAUUUACGUCAACACAUAAAUUAAAUAUACAUGAAAUGUAUGUGUAUGCGUAAUUGUUGAGGGGGUACAAUUAAAUGUAAUUAAAGUGCAAUAAGUAACCAGCAUUUGAUAACUAUAAUUUAUUAAUGAUCAUUUUUUAGAUAAUUUUUAUUUAAAUUUUAUUAAGGUCAACACGUAAAAUAAAUGUACAUGAAAUGUAUGUGUAUGUGUAAUUGUUGGGGAGUGCAAUUA